AUGGACGCCAGGACACAUAAAAAAGACGACAGCGGCAGCAAGAUCAGCACAGAGGCUGGUCCUCCUGGUGCAGGAACACCCACUGGAGCUGAAGGGGUUUCUGCACCUGUUGAUUGGACAGCUCUCAUAGCAGACGACCUUCCUCGACCAUUCGAUGUUGUCAGCAGCGACCUCGCAGCUCUUGGGGCCUUGUCGAUUGAGGAUUUUUUGUCCAAUACGGCGACUUCGACAGCUGCGAUGGACGUGGCAUUUUAUGUCCAGCUACCUGAGCCACCCCCUUCACCUGAAAAGGAGAAACAGACAGACGAGGAGAAAGCGGAGGGGGAAGAUGAUGCAGUCAGCGAAGAGGCGAAAGAAAAGGACAAAGAGAGGGAGAGCUGGAAGGGGAUGCUCACCUCACUUUUGCACGCCAGCCACCGAGUCUUUGGUUCUGGGGACUGCUUGAAGUUUGAAUACCUGGAGGAAGACCCCAAGAGUAAACAGUGCAUUCUAACUAUAACACGUCCGAACGGUGCUACGCGUUCAUACAAGUCGGAGUCUGGCUUUUCACGCAGAGGAGGCGCGAAGGCCCAAGCCGCAAAAAUUGCUGUCGAUAUGGGUGCGAUCGACUUCAUCAUGUCUGGCGAUUCAGACGCUUUGAAGGCGAAGAAGGGGCUGCUCCUCAAUCCCUUCGAUGUCGAAAUCGAUAACAUGGAUUCGACAGAGGCCUUGCCCGGGAUGCCCAAGUACACGCCUGAGGAGGAACCGCUAAAGAUUAUCGAGGAAUGCUGCACGGAGUGGAGGGCAGACAAGGGUCGCACAUCUUCCGGGCCUACUCUCGUUGACCCGAUCCACAGCAACAAUCGAGCUGCUAAGCUGGCGUGUGCACGGUCUGCAAUCGAGGAAGGCGUCAUCGAUUUCAUCAAGUAUGGCAACGGGCAGACCGAACCUCCCAAGCCUAUCGACGACGGAUUGGACGAAAACCACAAUGUGGCUCGAGAAUACACCCCUCCUCCGCCUCCGAAGGGAAUCACGCUGCAGGAAUUCUAUGAAACCCUGCCUCGUCCCUUCCCAGAAGAUGUUGGAGAUUCGUCAGCUAACGAGAUCAAUGCGCCGGGCUGGCUGAACGUCAUUCUACAAUCAGCACGAGGGGGGCGGUUGGUUUCCGCCUUUACGCCUGUCGUGGACACCGCCCGACAUCUCCAUGGAUGCAUUUUACGAGUCCAACGCCCUAGCGAGACAAGGACCUACCUAGUCGACCCACAGUUUCCGAAGCGUUCGGACGCCAAAUCAGCUGUGUGCCUCCUCGGCAUGUCACAAGGACUUGGUGAUUACAUUCGCGGAUUGAAGGAAGAGGCGGAGAACAAGCUUCCGCCUGAUAGACGCAAACUCGCCAACGAAAAGCUCCUUCAAGUUACCGCGGCUGAGUGUGGCAAGGUUCGGCCUGGUAACCGACCUGCAUUCAGCUAUACUUCGGAACGAGAUGCUUUUGGCUGCACCCUCAAAGUCGAUAUAUCGGCAAACUCCGCUGAGCCCGACGUACGCGAGUAUUCGGUUGGCACGGAGUACAGAACGAAGGCCGAUGCAAAGGCCGCCGUGGUAUGUCUCGCCGCUGAGCAAGGGCUGAUUGAUCUCCUGCGCUUCAGAGGCGCACCUCCUCCAGCCGACUACGUACCCUUCUGGGAAGCCCAGGUGAACGGCGAUGGUGAUAACUAUAUCGCUAAGCGCAAGGAGCCUGAGCGAGACGUCGAUGGAGAGGGUCGAGAUCGCAAGAAGCGUCGUAAGGGCGUCAAAGAUGGCGCUACUGAGCUAGGUGAAGUAGGUGAUGUGAAGCCGAAUGUGAAUGGGCUGCGUGUGGGUGGCAAGUCUCUGCCUGACAUCCCCUCCUCGCUCCCGCGCAAACCCAACUUCGUGCCCAAUUUCAACCCGAGCACUAACUCUGCUAGCGGUGGCAGCUACCGUGGUGGUAACAACAACAAUUCUGGGUUUAAGUCGAACCAGCAUUGGAAGAAGCCUCCUGCGACUGGAUCCAGCGGCCUUGGGCCACCCAACGCGUAUGCUUCUGGGCCGCGUACGGGUGGUGAAGGCCGAGCUGGAAACAGAACCGGGUCUUCGUCUUACCAUCCGCCGUCUCCUGAUCACCCAUCUGCUCAUCGGCCUCCGGCUGGAGGGCAGAAAGAUUACUAUCCUCCUCCAAGCAGCUCGUCUUCCGGACAUGUCUCGUCGUCGUCGUAUCCUCCCUAUGAUGACCGCGCAGGUUAUGGAUCUGCACCAUACCAUUCUGGUUCUUCGUACUCGCAGCAUCCUGAACACUCGUAUCCUCAGCGUUAUGACUCGUAUCCUCCGUAUUCGCAAGCCGAUUCGUCAUACUAUGGUCCAGAUCCAGGCCCAACUUACUCUCAGCCUCCAGGUCCAUCUUAUCCGCCACCCUCCGGCCCUUCAUAUCCUCCUCCAGAUCCUUAUGGUCACUCGUAUCCAGCAUACCCUCCUCCCUCUCAGUACCCCAACCCUCCUUACCAUGCUGCGCCUGCGCCCCCGUCUCAUCAUUACCCAGCGUACUACCCUCCGGCUCCGUCUGCCCCUCCAACCCCUCCUCACACGUCUUACUACUCCUAUCCCUCUCAGCAGUAUUAUCCAAAUGGUGCCUACCCUCCAAACUACGAAUAUCAACCGCCGCCGCCGGUUCCGUACUCUUCUCCGCCUCCUCCUCCUCCUGCUCCAGCUCCAGUAGCGUACCACUCUCUUGGCGCCCCUCCAGGUCAGUACUCUCCAAGGUUCCGCUCGCCGAGGUCUCCGAGGUCUCCUCCGCACGCACCGGACUAUCCGCCUUACCGCGAGCCGCCGUACGACUCCCAUGAUGUCAAUUGGUCAGCAAACCAUAGACGACGGCAUACAACCAUGGGAGACUCUCACCCACAAGGACGGCUGCAUGGCGGACAUCAUGACAACCGGCAACACAAUGGCUAUGAGCGGACUCAAGAAGGUGGAGGUAACCGGCGACAUCCCGACUCAAACCAGCACCCAGGUAGCACGAAUGCAAAUGGAAACUACAACUCUCAAGGUCGUCGGUUUCAAGAACGGAGAAGGAUGAGUGAAGGCGUUAGAGCUCCUCAUCCUUCGAGAGGGCCGAAUUCCAACCAAAAUGGGCCCGGGCCACAACAAGGGGAAGAAUCGGUGAAGGAGGAAAGCAUCGAAGAGCCCUUGAUUGUUCUUCCUCCUUCAGGUCCGACCUCGGGCACAGCGUCUAGAGACAAUGGUCAACCGACGUCCAAGUCAAAUCUCGAUAUCCUGUUUGAAUUCUGCCGGAAGGAAGGCCUGCCGAAACCCCGGUUUAUGUGCGAGCAAGUCGAGGACAAGGACGGCGCGAAAAAAUACAAGGUGUGGGCUGAGAAGGACGAUCAGCGCCUUGAGUUACAGACCCUCUUCUCGUCGUUCGAGGAAGGCCAGGAGAGGCUGUCGAAGCGGGUAUUGCAGUGGGAACGCUCAAAGAUGAAACAGCGCACUUAA